UUUUCAACCAUUUUUGAGCAACGCAGUCCAAAGUUUGCACUUUUUUGGAGCAACAAUAGACGGACGAGCGGGGUAGACGUGCAACAUGGCUGGGAGAUUCACGCGCCGGCUGCAGAAGGAGCUGCUGGACUUGCAGAGAUCGCCGCCGACGGGCGUCAAGCUCGAGGACAACACGACCAGGCUUGAUCAAUGGCGCAUUCAUCUCACUGGCGCUGACGGAUCGCUGUAUGCCGGAGAGCACUUUGUAUUGCGCUUCAGGUUUGGCAACAACUACCCGAUGGAGGCACCCGAGGUCGUCUUCGAAGGGCCCAACAUUCCCAUGCACGGACACAUUUAUUCCAACGGUCACAUUUGCCUGAAUGUGCUCUACAACGAGUGGAGUCCGGCGCUUUCCGUACAAUCCAUCUGCCUGUCGCUCCUCUCAAUGCUCUCGAGCAGCCCUGAAAAGUCUUGGCCACCAGACAACGAUACCUACGUUCGUCGUGCCAUCGCCUCCCCCAAGCAGACCUCGUGGGCAUUCCAUGACGACACUGUCUGAGACUAUGGUGCUGUUUCUUGUUCUUUUCCUUUGCUGUUUGAGAUUUUGAGAUUUGUUCAGAAUUCAAUGUCGAACCAGAGAAUUGCCUCAAGAGCUCGUUGUUCGCCCUACAUACCCCCCCCC